UACACCUCUCCUCCUCCUCCUCCUUAACCUCCUCCUUCCUCGUCCUAGCUUCCUUUCUCUUCAUUCAGAGAAGUCUGCCUUGUAGAGACCAUCCCACUAAGUCUUUUCUGUCUCUGUGUUUUUCUCUUGUACCUCACUCUUCAUCCAUCAGUAUCUCGGUCUGCUAUUUACUUGAGGAGAAAAGUCUCACGCUCAUGGAGGCAGCGUUCAUGCUGGUGUUCAUGUCUCUUAGCUUCAGAACUCAGCCAUGAAAUUUCAUCGGACUUGACUUUUUGACUCAGCGUUCCCCUCGGAUUCUGAACUCACACUUGAUCCUUGUCUUUCCGUUUUGGAGCUGUUCUCCGAGGUGUGUGAGCCAGUUAACAUGGGUUCAGACGUACGCGACCUCAACACCCUUCUGUCUCCAGUGCCAGCCCUGCCAGCAGGCAACGGGAACUGCCCUCUGCCCGUCAGCAGUGCCCCUCAGUGGGCACCUGUGCUGGAUUUUCAUACUGGUGCCCCCUAUAGUUCGCUUGGCUCCCACUCCUUCAUCAAGCAAGAACCCACCUGGGGUUCCACAGACCCCCAUGAGGACCCACACUGUGGCCUCAGCGCCUUUACCGUCCACUUCUCGGGACAGUUUACAGGUACCGGGGCAUGCAGGUAUGGUGCAUUCGGAGCACCCACACCAAACCAGACACCCACCAGCCAGAGCCGGAUGUUCAGUAACGGUCCGUAUCUGUCCAACUGCAUGGACAGUCAGACUGGAUCCAGGAACCAGGGUUACAGUGCAGUUUCCUUUGACGGAGCCACGAACUACGGACACACACCGUCUCACCACGCCUCACAGUUCCCCAACCACCCCUUCAAACACGAAGACACCAUCCCGCAGCAAAGCAACAUGGGUGAGCAGCAGUAUCCCGUCCCUCCACCUGUUUACGGCUGCCACACGCCGUCAGACAGCUGUACAGGAAGCCAAGCACUGCUCCUGAGAAACCCUUACAACAGCAGUGACAAUUUAUACCAAAUGGCGUCCCAGUUGGAGUGCAUGGCCUGGAACCCUGUCAACCCGCUGGCGUCCAGCAUCAAGAGUCAUACAGCUGGUUAUGAGAAUGACCCGAGCACGCCCAUGAUGUACAGCUGCAGCACCCAGUACCGAAUACACACCCAUGGAGUCUUCAGAGGCAUUCAGGAUGUCAGAAGGGUGCCUGGCAUCGCUCCAGCCAUCGUACGCUCCGAGACCAAUGAGAAGCGGCCAUUCAUGUGCGCCUAUCCGGGAUGCAACAAGCGCUACUUCAAACUCUCUCACCUACAGAUGCACAGUCGCAAACAUACAGGUGAAAAACCGUACCAGUGCGACUUCACAGACUGCGGCCGGAGGUUUUCCCGAUCAGACCAGCUGAAGAGGCAUCAGAGGAGACACACAGGCGUUAAACCUUUCCAGUGUGAGACAUGUCAGAGAAAGUUCUCACGGUCAGACCAUCUUAAGACCCACACCCGGACUCAUACAGGUAAAACAAGUGAGAAGCCUUUUAAUUGCAGGUGGCCGAACUGCCAGAAGAAGUUUGCCCGAUCUGACGAGUUAGUUCGGCACCACAACAUGCACCAGAGGAACCUGACUAAACUUCAGCUGGCCAUCUAAAGACCUGCUUUUCCAAAUGCUGCAUCUGCUGUCAGAUAUAUUCCAGUCCUGCAGGUCUCAGUGCUCUCUGCAGGUCUCAUGAUGUCCAUGGUAUUUAGUUAAUGAGUUGAAAAGCUCAGUGGUUCAGGUGUUGAUCGGAGGGUCCCAGGUUCAAGUCGCCAGUGUUGGGCCCUUGAGCAAGGCCCUUAACACCUAACUGCUCAUAUGUGUAAUGAGAUAAAUGUAAGUCGCUCUGGAUAAGGGCGUUUAUCAAAUCCUGUAAAUGACAAGCAUGUACAGUAAUAAACUGCAUUGUUUGCAGCCUGCAAUGUCUCCAUGAUUGGAGAUCGAACGUUGUGCUGUUCAAAGAUUCACUUCACCUGUCCAAAGUUUAUGUAAAAAUCAAACUGACACGUGAUAAGAUUGGCAUUUAGAUGAUUAAGGUCUCAAGAAUGCUGUUGCUAGGUGACAGAGAAAUAUGGCAGGCGAUUGGUGUAAUGCCAGUUAAUGACUCAGGCUAUUAUUAAGCUAGCUGACAUGUAGCUGUUUGGUCUUUUUUUUUCGAAAGGUUAAAGCAGUGAGAGCAGGAGAUAAAAAUGACUUAAAUAUAAACAUUUCCCUCAAACAUUUAUUAUGAAAAAGCUUAACUGGAAUUAUGCCCAUUACAGUCAACAUUUACUGUAAACAGAUUUCACCAUGUUGAGAAAUGUCAAUGGGGUGGACAACUCAUAAAUCUGCUCUAUUAAAAAAAAAAAAAAUACAACAAAUAUUGACUUGCAGAAGUUAAUAUCGGGGUUGCACAGUGGUUUAAUGGUUAGCACUGUUGCGUUGCACCACCAGGGUGUGGGUUUGAUUCCUGCCUCGGACUGCAGACAUGCAGAUUAGGCUAAUUGGUGUUCCAAAAUUGUGUGUGUGUGUGCCCUGUGAUGGAUUGGCACCCCAUCCAGGGUGUACCCUGCCUCAUGCCCUAAGUCUCCUGGGAUAGGCUCAAGGUAUGGACAAUGAGUGACAGAGUAAGUGAGUUCACUCUUUUAUUUUUUUCUCUGGUUGUCAAACAACUUUUUU